CAGUCUCGCGCCGGCCCCGGGAGCGCCCCGCGCCGCGCAGCCCGGAGUCGGGGCCCCGAGGGCGCGGCGGGGCGAGCGCGCGCGGCGAGGGGCGCAGCCAUGGCCGGGGCCAUCAUCGAGAACAUGAGCACCAGGAAGCUGUGCGUCGUCGGGGGCGCCCUGCUGGCGCUGCAGGUCGCCGCCUUCCUGGUGGGAGGCCUGGUCGCUCCAGGACCCACGACGGCAGUGUCCUACAUGUCCGUGAAAUGUGUGGACGUCCGUAAAAACCAUCACAAGGCAAAAUGGUUAAUGCCUUGGGGACCCAACCAGUGCGACAAGAUCCGGGACAUCGAGGAAGCGAUUCCAAGAGAAAUCGAAGCCAACGACAUUGUAUUUUCUGUCCACAUUCCCCUGCCCUCCAUGGAGAUGAGUCCUUGGUUCCAGUUCAUGCUGUUUAUUCUGCAGCUGGACAUCGCGUUCAAGCUGAACAACCAAAUCAGAGAAAACGCGGAAGUUUCCAUGGAUGUCUCCCUGGCUUACCGUGACGAUAUGUUUGCUGAGUGGACUGAGAUGGCCCAUGAGAGAGUGCCCCGGAAGCUCAAAUGUACCUUCACAUCCCCCAAGACCCCAGAGUAUGAGGGCCGUUACUACGAAUGCGAUGUCCUUCCUUUCAUGGAAAUUGGGUCUGUAGCUCACAAGUACUACCUUCUGAACAUCCGGCUGCCUGUGAACGAGAAGAAGAAAAUCAACGUUGGGAUCGGGGAGAUAAAGGAUAUUCAGUUGGUGGGGAUCCACCAGAAUGGAGGCUUCACCAAGGUGUGGUUCGCCAUGAAGACCUUCCUCACGCCCAGCAUCUUCAUCAUCAUGGUGUGGUACUGGAGGAGGAUCACUAUGAUGUCCCGACCCCCCGUGCUUCUGGAGAAAGUCAUCUUUGCUCUUGGGAUUUCCAUGACUUUUAUCAACAUCCCCGUGGAAUGGUUUUCCAUCGGAUUCGACUGGACCUGGAUGCUGCUGUUCGGCGACAUCCGACAGGGCAUCUUUUACGCGAUGCUCCUGUCCUUCUGGAUCAUCUUCUGUGGAGAGCAUAUGAUGGAUCAGCAUGAGCGGAAUCACAUAGCCGGGUACUGGAAGCAGGUGGGACCCAUUGCCGUCGGCUCUUUCUGCCUCUUCAUAUUUGACAUGUGUGAGAGGGGGGUACAGCUCACGAACCCCUUCUACAGCAUCUGGACGACAGAUGUUGGAACGGAGCUGGCCAUGGCCUUCAUCAUCGUGGCCGGCAUCUGCCUGUGCCUCUACUUCCUGUUUCUGUGCUUCAUGGUGUUCCAGGUGUUCCGCAACAUCAGCGGGAAGCAGUCCAGCCUGCCUGCCAUGAGCAAAGUCCGGCGGCUGCACUACGAGGGGCUGAUUUUCAGGUUCAAGUUCCUCAUGCUGAUCACCUUGGCCUGUGCUGCUAUGACCGUCAUCUUCUUCAUCGUUAGUCAGGUGACCGAAGGCCACUGGAAGUGGGGCGGCGUCACGGUCCAGGUGAACAGUGCCUUCUUCACAGGCAUCUAUGGGAUGUGGAACCUGUACGUCUUUGCUUUGAUGUUCCUGUACGCGCCGUCCCAUAAGAACUACGGGGAGGACCAGUCCAAUGGUGACCUGGGCGUCCACAGCGGGGAGGAAGUGCAGCUCACCACCACCAUCACCCACGUGGACGGCCCCACCGAGAUCUACAAGCUGACCCGCAAGGAGGCCCAGGAGUAGGAGCGCCAGCCAGUGGGGAGCGUGCCAGCGUGGGGCCGACGGCGCGCGGGGCUCCAGCCGUGGCUUCGUGGGCCGGUGGCCUAGACGUGUGUCCGCUGGCCUUCCGACUGCGGCUCCCGGAGGACGGUUCCUGCGGCCACUAGGGCGUGCGUGUGGGAACAGCCUCCGAUGGGACACGCUCUCUGCUCGUCGUGAACUAGGGACGUAGGAGCAUCCGUAGCAGGUGCUUAGGAAGCCUCUUGCGCGGGGUGCUCUCCUGGGGGAUGGUUCGGGCCGGAGGGGUCUCUGUGGAGUGGGAUAUUGACUCUUUUUCCUGUUUUAGAUUCUAGGAUAGAUUUUAACACCUUUGCAGGCCAGGGUAGGCUGGUGGCUUAGUCUUCUCAAACCUAGUCUGUGACCACUUGGGGUUUUUUUUUUUUUUUGUCUCAUUUUUUUUUCUAUUUAUAUCACCAGGUAGCCUAUUGAGUUAAUAUUUAAGUUGUCAAUAGAUACGUGUCCCUGUUUUUUAUGGCAUAAUAUGAAAUAACUGCAUUUCAUGAGAAGGUCUGUUACACCAGGGGCAUCUCGGCUUUGAAACCAAAUCUGUGUUUCCAGUACUAACCAGUCUGUCGGAUGUGGGUUUUGAAAAACUGUUUGCUAAACUACCCAAGUAGGAUUCAUUGUAUUAAAUGGCCUUUGGGUCUGAAAAGCUUUUUUACCUCUUGCUUAAAAUGUGUUUUCUUUGGAUAAGAUGCUUCCCACAGCCUCCCAACGUGUAGAUCCCACCAUUUGAAUAAACCUGUCUGUAUAUGCA